AUGCUCUACAAAAUCCACUCCCAUGCCGAAAUCCAAGCCCUGCAGGCCCGCACCGAUGAGCUGGGCCACUCCAAUGAGCACAUGGAUGUGAAGCUUGUCUCUCUGGAGUCGGUGCGCAUAGCGCGCGAGUCGUAUGCACUCCUCCGCCCGCUGAUCAUGGAGUCGAGGUCCUGGGAAUGCCCGGAGCUGGAUUCCCUCUCGGACGUGGCAGGCUUGUCGCUGGAAAUCCAAAAGCUCGAGCAUGAUGUGUUACCCCAGCUCACGGUUCAGGAGGCUAAGCUGGAACGGGGUGCCCUGGAAGCCCUCCUACUCAUGAAGAGCUCAGCAGCUAAGCUCUUACCUAUGAGUAAGUGCUUGAAGGAAGCCUUGGGCGUAGUGCUUGCCGAGGAUGUCAAAAUGCUGAGCAUAGUGCUAAGCGAUACUGCUGUUCAUGUACUCAAAGGUAAGUUCAACAGUGGCUUGCUUCAGGAGCGUGUCCCGUGGCUGGUCGAGCUGGUCACCGAUGUGUUGGAGACCCCGGUUCGUUUCUGUGAUACUCGUAAGCGUAAGUAUUCUGAUGAGUAG